CUUCGCGGACGGCGAACGCGUGGCCGCUCCUCGCCUUCGUUCCGGCAGAUAGUCACAGCCGCGUAUCAAAGUCCCGAUCGAUCGGCCGCGUCGCGAACAACGGUCCUCGGUUUCGGCGUUUCGUUUCGGGAGUUUCUCCCAUGUAGACCACCCACCCCCUCGCGUCCCUUCUCGCGUCGCAAUCGAUGAUCGAGAGGACGUUCGCGGCAAAGGUCGCGCGAGUGAUCGACCGCUCGGAGCGAUCGCGGGGAUCAUUACAUCGUCGAGUGGUGAACGUCACCGGUGAACCGUUACGACGACAGUUUCAACGAGUGUACCGUACUUUGAUUUUGGGAUCGGCGAGAUCAAAGAUUGUUGUCCGAGAGGAAAAAGAACAAUUUGGGCUGAACGUUCGUGGGACAGAGGUAGACGGAGACUGAAUCGAAACACGUCGACCAAGUGAAGAAGACAUAAUGCGGGUGUUAUGUGCAUUCUGUGGACUGUUCUUGGCCAUUGCCAUUGUCAAUUGCAGUCCUGUCGUCAAGAGAGAAGCGGCAGAAGAAGAUCUCAGUCCGCUCAAUGAAGUCUAUGUAAUUGAAGCUGAUGACGAAGCGGCGGCCGAUGGUGAAAGAGGCGACAGAGAUAAGAGAAAAAUUGGCAUCAAGCUUGGAGUAUCGAACGGCAUUAUUAACUUUGUGUUUGACAAAGUGGACUCCUUCUUAGAUUCAAAGACGAAAGCGCUCCAUGUUCUCGAUGAAUCUAACAAAGCAAAAAAUGCUGCUUUCGGUAUCGAUUCCAAACACUCGGCAACACAGGAGUUCAUCAAUCAUUUAGCGGCUCAAAAGAUUCAGGCUGCAACAGGUAGCAUUGGACCUCUCAUAAAUAGCGCGGCAACAUUGUUCUCAGGUGCCUCGGCUGGCUUCUCGAAGGCAAUAGCCUCGAAAAUUGGAUCCUUAAGUUCAGCUUCCGGUGGCCUUUCCGGUGGCCUUUCCGGUGGUCUUUCCGGUGGCGGUGGUGAGGGGCACGCGGGCAGUGGAGCACCCUCCGGCUCAGCCAUUAUCGGCAAUCUCUUGAGUCAGAAGAUCACCUCCUUGUCGACUCUGAGUCAAGGUAGCAGUUUAGGUAGUUUAAGCGGUGGUAGCGGUGGUAGCUCCGGAGGUGGUGAUUCUCACAGUGGAAGUGGUAAUGCCGGUGCAAGCGCCGGCGCCGGCGCUGGAAUCAAUCUCGGAGCCUUCGCCAAUCUGGCAGGGAAAGGGACAAUUAGUACUACUACUACUACGGAAGACACGCCCAUAUUUGACAGGAAUAGGGUAUCCUUGGAAAUACCAUCAAGCGCAUUUGGAACUGGCUUCACCCUAAUUACAAAUAUUAGCAAGGUUCUCAACGGUGUAAUCCUAAACUCAGCCCGUCGAACGCAGACGUUGCUGGAAAUCUUUAAGCCUUUCUUCCGCGGUUCCUUUGCCAUAAAGGGUCUACCAUCGGAUAAUCACAAAUAAGGCGUUCUAUUUGUGCUUCGUAUUCACAUGAUUACUGUGAAAUAAUUGCUCAAUGAUCGCGUUAGGAAACAUUUCUCAAGUUCCGAUCACAUGUUUCCUAGAUAGAUGUUUCCUAGAUAUUGUUAAUUCAGAACUUGUGAAGCCUUGUUUCAAAGUCCUGUUGAUCAUAAUAUCUUAAAUCCGAGAUUGGAACAU